AUGAUAUCUCCUAAUAUGUCUGGAGUCCUAAUCCCUAACUUCCCUGAGCAUCUGAGUGACGAUCACACCAAUCUCGGACUAUUGCUGCCGUUGGAGCUUCCCCAGACUGCAACCAGCCAAACUCCCACUGCCAGCUCCCUGAGCCACCCGAGUGUUCAAACUCCCAACAAGGAAGAAAGUGCGAGCCCAAUCUCGACCCCGAAAUCCUCUCGAAAACGCCGCAGCAAGCAGAACGGCGACACAGCGGAGUAUUACUCGGAGCGUGCUCGCGAAGAUGCAUGGCGUGCCCGUGAAGCAGCGGCGCCGAAGACCAGUACUCCAGAGUCCGCUAAACGCGCUCGAACUCGUCAAGCAUGUGACCGUUGCAAGUAUCGUCGUCUCGCCUGCGACCCCGAUCGCGAGGGCUGCGCUGCCUGCUCAAAUUCAGGACUAUCUUGCCAGAUGACCGAUCGAGUCACUGGUGAGACUCUAGUUCGUGGGGAGGCCAAACGGCUCAAAGACAAUCUCGCUGCUUUGUCGAAGACUGUGAUGGAGCUGCGUGAGGAAAAUCUGAGGUUGCAUGGACUGCUGCAGGCCUUCUAUGACCAGUGCCAGGUGAGCAUAUCCAAUGUUCAGAUCAACGAGGUUGAUAUGGGGUGGGGACAAGCAGCCCGUAGCGGGCGAACUCCUCGACCUUAG